CUUCUCCCAUCCAUCCGCUUCCCAGGCCGUCCGUCCCCUGGCAUCCAUCGCCAUAGCGCUCUUUUCAUCCCUGUCUUUCACGAUCUCCCUUCGAGGCGUCUCUAGAAUGCGUUUGAACCCCCCCUACACUGCAUCUUCCCGCACUCCUGGCUGCUGCUUCCUUUGAACACCUCUCCGUCCUGCGACAAGCUAGUGCUGGUCGGCCUCCACGAACGCUUCCCCGCCCCUCUCCCGACGCAACUCUGUUUCCCACUAGGGCACCGUGCCCGCUUCAAAGAGGCUUGGAUUGACAGGACAUCGGUGGAUUCGACGGUCGUGAUGUCCACAGCCGUCCCAUACUCUCCUGGAUCGUCGACGGUUGUCCGCAGCCAUUCCACAUCCUCCCGGUAUCACUCGCAUCAACCCGCUCCGUCGGAUUUUCCUCACAGAACCCGGAGUGUGGCGGUGAGGCCUACGACGUCGUCCCAGGCACGGCCUCAUCAUCAAUAUUCGCAGAGUCAACAACAACCUCAUUCACGCUCCCAGUCCUAUGAUCGCCGUCCUCCGCCGAAUCCCGCUGCGCCCGCGCCCGACAACGUAGCACGCUGGGACCCUGACGCGUCAAAAGGAUCACGCCCUGGCUCAUCACGUCGUGAGCCAUCCAGGGAGCACUCCCAAGAGCGCGUAUCAUACCGGACUGAUCUUUCAAAAAGACACCAUAGAACCCCCUCAACGAACAGUUACAAACGGGAGGGAGUCGACAUGGCAUCCACACCGACUGAGGCUGCCUCAGGCCCUCCUCAUACUCAUCUACAUUCAUCUGCCUCCAUGCAACCUAAGCGCCGGACGACAAUCACUACUCCAUCAGGGCAGUGGGCUCUUGGGAAGACCAUAGGUGCUGGUAGCAUGGGCAAGGUCAAGCUUGCAAAGAACAUGGAAACUGGGGAGCAGGCGGCUAUCAAAAUUAUACCAAGACAGUCAACCGAAGAGCAUCGUGGUGGCCGAGAUGCCGAAAGAGCCGAUCGCUCAAAAGAAAUCCGGACUGCCCGCGAAGCCGCCAUUGUCAGUCUGGUAGAUCAUCCAUAUAUCUGCGGGAUGCGGGAUGUGGUACGCACCACCUACCAUUGGUAUAUGGUUUUCGAAUAUGUCAACGGUGGCCAGAUGCUUGACUACAUCAUCUCUCACGUUAAGCUGAAGGAGAAACAGGCCCGGAAGUUUGCCCGCCAGAUAGCUAGUGCGCUGGAUUACUGCCAUCGCAACAGCAUUGUUCAUCGCGAUUUGAAGAUUGAGAAUAUAUUAAUCAGCAAGACAGGUGAUAUCAAAAUCAUCGACUUUGGCCUGAGCAACCUAUUCUCUCCAAGGAGUCUCCUCAAAACAUUCUGCGGCAGUCUCUACUUCGCCGCUCCGGAGCUGCUGCAGGCAAGACAGUAUACCGGCCCGGAGGUUGACAUUUGGAGUUUUGGUGUUGUUCUGUACGUGCUGGUCUGUGGUAAAGUACCCUUUGACGACCAGAGCAUGCCCCAAUUGCAUGCGAAGAUAAAGAAGGGAGUCGUCGAGUAUCCGCAAGGGCUUACUGCAGAAUGCCGGCAUAUCAUCUCCCGCAUGCUAGUAACAGACCCCCAUCAGCGCGCAACUCUAGCGGAAGUUAUCAAUCAUCCAUGGAUGAACAAGGGCUACAAUGGUCCUGUUGAGAACUACCUCCCUGUCCGCGAACCGUUGCAGCUCCCAUUAGAUGCUGAAGUUAUCGAGAAAAUGACCGGCUUUGAUUUCGGUCCUCCUGAUUAUAUUACGGCGCAGCUUACCAAGAUAAUUACGUCCGAGGAGUACCAGCAUGCUGUUAGGACCUCUUACCGGGAGCAACCUACUCAGAACCACACCGAAAAGAAACGUGGAGUGUUCGACUUCUACAAGCGGAGAAACUCCGCGAGUAGAGACACCCUCUCAACACCUUCUUCUGACGCUAUCCAAUUGGGAAACGACCCUCUAAAUGCGUAUAGUCCAUUAAUAUCCGUUUACUAUUUAGCCAAAGAGAAGCUCGAGAGAGAAAAAGCCGAGAGCAAACCAGGAGCUCUUGGUAUCCAUAGCACGGGCGAUGUUACGCUCAAAAUGCCAGAUCUGCCAGCUCCUGAGGCUGCCCAUACCAACCAAUACCAGCUACCUGGCGAGAAGGAUGUCGGACGAAGAUCUCGUCCUCGCGCGAGGACACAUGGGGAUGAGGACAUCACGGAUGGUCUGAAGAACCUCAAUCUCGCGCCGCAAAGUGGCCAGGCACCAACCCCCUCGGAGACUCCCGUAAAGAAAGAAAGCACGGCUGUCGGUCUUUUGAGACGGUUCAGCACGCGCAGGGCGAAGGAUCGUGGCCGUGAUUCCGAACGUGAAAAAUUCCAUCACCAUCAGACGCCGUCACUGAGUGUCCAGCCUCCGGCCGAUUCGGCAACACCACUUCACAGGGGAUUCAGUAUGAGGAGAGCCAGGCGUGCAGAACCUACUUCUGAAAGUCCUUCAGGCCCAGACCUCCUUAAGGCCCCUGGGGCAGCCCAGGAGGCUUCCCGAUCUAACAAAAUCCUGGGCAGAUCAACCAGCGUUAAUUCCGCCGAUUACCGAGCCCGAAGGGCCGUGCGCAGGGUCGAUACUGAAGCGUUGGAUACACCUUCCGGUCAGCUUUACCAAGCUAAUGGAUCUGAUAACUCGGGCGUAAGUGUGCAGAAAGGGAGGUCUGGAGACCAGGCCACUGCACAGGAACCGAAGCCAGCUGUCCGUACUCAUGCCACAAGGGCAAUGUCACUCGGCCAUGCGCGCCGUGAGAGCAUCCAAGCUCGACGCGCAAGACGAGAAGCCGCAAGGGAGGCCAACGUACCAGAGGAGACCGAUGCAGAUAUAUCCGGCGCAGGUACUGCACUGGAAAGUGCCAACGAUGGGGAAGAUCUGUCCAAACCGGUGUAUCUCAAGGGUCUUUUCAGCGUUUCCACAACAAGCACCAAGCCGCUACCCGUUAUACGCGCUGAUAUCAUUCGUGUUUUGAAUAUGCUUUCUGUUGAUUAUGUUGAGAUAAAAGGCGGUUUCAGCUGUCGGCAUGCUCCCAGUAUCACUCUCAACCGAGGCGCAGAUGGAGAAUCUCACAGUUCCGAUCGACAAGGCAAUUCUACUAGCAAUCGCCGUCGCAUUAGUUUUGGCGGACUCCUCAACAAUGAUGAUGGACGAGACGAGUCACGACCAAGAUCUCAGCGCAGAGCACAGGGCCCGCCCGAUCGAAGUUUCGUCACGAACUCAGAAGAGUCGGACGAAUACGUUGCGCGGCGCGAUAAUAAUACGGCUGGGGAGCGUGUUGUGGGAGAGACGACGACGCGCGUCGAGGGGGAUACUGGACAAAACCUCGUGCUCCGGUUUGAGAUACUCAUUGUGAAAGUGCCACUGUUCUCGUUGCAUGGUAUUCAGUUCAAGAAAGUAUCAGGAGGCAUGUGGCAAUAUCGUGAAAUGGCAAAGAAGAUCUUGGAUGCCCUGAGGCUUUAAAUAAUGGGGCACCCUUUGCGUGACACAGAUUGUGCAGAACAUAUAUUGGUCAAGUUCCUAAUUUGAUGACACCAAGAGCAUCAAAUCAUCCCUUUCCACGUCAUUUCUUCUCCUCUUUGAUGUCUUGAAUUUGAAUAUUACUGAGCAGGCUCAUUGUGCAGGUUAAUGAUAUUUUCUGUCAUGUUGCAUGUGUAUAUUAGAACUGAACAAGGAUGCAUUGUGAUUAUAGCCUAUCAGCUAUUUUUUUGCCUUCCCUUUUUUGUUCCUUUCUUUCCAUGUUCAUUUUGUUUCAUCUACCUUGUGUAGUUAUGCAGUUGGCGUGUUCAGUACUGCCUAUUAUUUACAGGACUAUGCCGUCUCCCUUGUGUUAACCUUUGUCUGAUGUUAUCAUUGCCAAACCACAUAGUAUUUAUUCUCAGUUCUGUUCAUGGAAAUGGUUGACUACAUACACUAUUGAUUUCAUCUCAUGUCGAGUAUGUACUUACCACUUACUACUAACUUGCAUAAAUAGCAUUUCCUUAGCAAUACCUUGGGCCAAGCAACAUACUUGACUGAUACGAACACCCUCAUCUAUAUGUGUUUUGUGGAACUUCGAACUUCAAAGGUAAAUCUGAUUAUAUAUUGAUCGACCCAAUUCCACAAUUGAUUACUCGACCCAACUGGUCUUUUAUGUGUAGGGUGCAGGACAUGGAUCUCGCUGUAAGCAAGUCUAUAUAUAGAAUACACUGGUGAAGCCAGGACACCUACUUGGCAGCAGCCAUAGAUGUUGUUCAUCUGAUGGGGAGUACGCACGGCGAGUUCCUGGAUAAAUUGGCUGGAACCACUACUCAAUAUGACAAUAUCAAUAUCUACAUAGGAUGAGACUGGCACAAAUGUACCAACUGCUAUUCCA